AUGUCAGAAAGAUUGCAAUCCAUUAAAUCUCAUCUCUUAGGAGGAAACGAUGACUCAUCAUUACUAACGGAAACAAGACCAGAUGAUAUAGUCAUCGUCUCUGCUUACAGAUCAGCCAUUGCAAAGGGGUUCAAAGGUUCCUUCAAAGACGUCAACACAGAUUACCUGCUAUACCAAUUUCUUUUAGAACUCAUUAAAAGAUUACCUGAUUCAUUAAGUAACCACCUAGAUUUAAUCGACGAAAUCACAUGCGGUAACGUCUUAAAUCAUGGUGCAGGUGCUACUGAACAUAGAGCUGCUUGUCUUGCUUCCGGAAUUCCCUACUCUGUACCAUUUAUGGCUUUAAAUAGGCAAUGUUCCUCCGGUUUGACUGCAGUUAAUGAUAUAGCCAACAAGAUUAAAGUGGGUCAAAUUGAUAUUGGAUUAGCAUUAGGUGUCGAAUCAAUGACCAAAAAUUAUAUGAAUAUUAAUCCCUUGGGUACUGUCUCUGAUGAAUUGAAAGUUAAUAAAGAUGCAAAGAAAUGUUUGAUCCCUAUGGGUAUUACAAAUGAGAAUGUUUCCUCCAAUUUUAAAGUUGGUAGAGAACAACAAGAUGAAUUCGCUGCUAGAUCGUAUCAAAAGGCAGAAGACGCAAUUUCAAAGGGUAAAUUUAAAAAUGAAAUCGUACCAAUCAGUCUACCCGAUGGGAAAGUCGUUGAUACUGAUGAAGGCCCAAGAGCUAAUGUUACUGCUGAAAGUUUAGGCAAAAUUAAGCCCGCCUUCAUCAAAGAUAAGGGAACCACUCAUGCCGGUAAUUCUUCGCAAGUGUCAGACGGUGUCUCUGGCGUUCUUUUAACGAGAAGAUCAGUGGCAAAGCAAUUGGGAUUACCUAUCGUAGGUAGGUAUUUAGCUUUCCAAUCUGUCGGUGUUCCACCAGAAAUUAUGGGUGUUGGACCUGCUUAUGCUAUUCCAAAGGUUUUGAAAAGUAUUAAUUUGAAGAUUGAAAGUAUUGACGUUUUCGAAAUUAAUGAAGCUUUUGCUGCUCAAGCUUUGUAUUGUAUCAAAAAAUUGGAUAUUGAUUUAAAUAAAGUUAAUCCCAAUGGUGGUGCCAUAGCCUUGGGCCAUCCAUUAGGUUGUACUGGGACAAGACAAAUUGCUACACUACUAAAUGAAAUGGAAAAGGGUCAAGUCGGUGUAGUCAGUAUGUGUAUUGGAACAGGUAUGGGAGCGGCGGCAGUCUUUGUGAAAGAAUAA